AUGACAAUGGCAAGUACCGAUCAGAAAUUCAUUUACAUCCCUGCCGAUGAUCUUAAGAGGGAUAAACAUCUUGGCAGCGGUGGCUUCGGUGAUGUUUACCGUGGAACUUGGGUGAGUCGUCGUUUUCAGGUCGCAAUAAAGGUGUUCCGCGUCACUGAUUUCGAAAUCGAACAACAACAAAAAGAAAUCAUGCGAGAAAUUUCGGCAAUGUAUUGUAUCCGGUUCGAGCAUGUGUUGAAUGUGUUCGGCGCUUGUGCGGAACCCGACUAUCAUGCACUCGUCGUUGAAUACAUGCCUCUUGGCUCUCUUAAUGACAUUCUUAAAAAUGAUGACAUUCAACUGUCAUGGUUCGAUCGAUGGUCAAUCGUCAAUCAAAUGACCAAAGGAAUUAAUCAUUUACAUCAACUCAAACCUAUUCCGAUUAUCCACCGUGACAUUAAGUCUCCCAAUUUCUUAAUGAAGUGGGGUCCACAGAAUGAUAACAAUCGCUUUAUUGUCAAAGUAGGUGAUUUCGGUCUAGCCAAGUUUCGGUCAGACACAAACUCGCAGCCGCCGAGCGUUGGUCUGGUUGGAACACUUCUAUGGAUGGCGCCAGAACUCUUCGAUUCUGAAAGCAAACAUACAAAGGCCAGCGAUGUGUACGCAUUAGGCAUGUGUUUUUGGGAAGUAGCAACACGAUGUAUUCCGUACGAAGGAAUGAAUAUGCCAAGCGCUUUACUGCAUGUGCAUUUGGGACACCGUUUAGAGGUGCCAUCGGAUGUACCAGAAGAUUUUGAAGAGAUUAUCCGUGCUGCAUGGACGCAUGAUCCUGAAGAACGACCAACAUGCUUCUUAUUGCUUGAAAUGAUCGACACUGGUAUGACCCCUCUGUUAUCUUCGAACUCAAGGUAG